AUGCAGAGGGUGCCUGCAGGUAGCGUAUCAUCUGGACGGCCAAUAAAAUGUGUUGUGGUUGGUGAUGGAACUGUUGGUAAAACCUGCAUGUUAAUAUCAUACACAACCGAUAGUUUUCCCGGAGAAUAUGUUCCAACAGUAUUUGAUAAUUAUUCUGCAGCCAUGAUGUGUGAUGGCAUUCCUGUUAGUUUAGGACUGUGGGAUACUGCUGGUCAGGAAGAUUAUGAUCGACUGAGGCCAUUAUCAUAUCCUCAGACUGAUGUUUUCCUUGUAUGCUUCAGUGUCGUUAGUCCAUCUUCAUUUGAAAAUGUCACAUCGAAAUGGUAUCCUGAAAUAAAACACCACUGUCCAGAUGCUCCUAUUAUUUUAGUUGGAACUAAAAUUGAUUUAAGGGAAGACAAAGAUACCUUACAACUUUUAAGUGAACAAAGUUUGUCUCCAAUCAAAAGAGAACAAGGCCAAAAAUUGGCUUCAAAAAUACGAGCUGUAAAAUACCUAGAAUGUUCAGCACUUACACAAAGAGGCCUUAAACAGGUUUUUGAUGAGGCUGUUAGAGCGGUGUUACGUCCAGAACCACAGAAGAGGCAACAAAGGAAGUGCAAACUAGUGUAG